UAGUAUACACGCACUAUUUUUACUACCACACAAGAUUGAAAUUGAAGGAGUGGGUAAACAUUUGGAAUUGGAGGCUGAUUUUUGUGAAGACUUGGAGGCUGAUUUUUGGCGAGGUUGCGUAAUAGCUCAUCUUCUGCUCUCUUCAAUCAGCGAGACAAAAGUGUAUGCUUUUGUGUGGUGGUGUUGUUGAUGCAGCUGGGUCGGUGAUGUUUGAUCCAUCAUCAUCGUCGUCGUCUUCCUCCUCUUGUUUGUGCCUGUGUCUCUGUGUCGGCGAUGGCUGAGCGAAAACAGCAAUUCCUCCAAGACUUAUACAAUGCCACCCAAACUCUUUCCCACCCCAAGAUCACACCAAUUUUGAGAGGAAACUGUCGGAUGCGAGGGCCUGUAGAUGAUUCUGACCAUGCCAAUAUGGUCCAUUCCCAGGUUGACGAAAAAUAUAGUAGUUAUCCUAAGAAUCUAAAUUCUGAUCAUAUAGCAGAAAGUGGAACUUGUAACGUGUGCUUUGCGCCUUGCUCAGCUUGCUUGCAUAUUACCCAGCACGAGAUGGGAUCAAAAGUCGAUGAAUGCUCUGGAGAGGCUUCUGCUGAAAAUGCUUUAAGUUUCUCUGUAAAUGAUGCUUUUCCAAAUGAAAAUUUUGUGGAAUGCGAAAUUGUGCGGAAGAGUGAUGGUUCUAAAAAUGUAUAUUGUGAAGCUACAAUGAAUUCUGACGUGUCUGCAACAUCUGAAACUACUACUGUAUUUCCCAAGGUUGAGGAUUCAAAAGGUCAAGAAGACCAUGAUCAUGUUCAAUCAUGUAUUACUGCAGCUGAAGAUACUAAGUUGUCCAAUUCCAAUGAUAGAAAUGAAGAUGGUUUGGUGGAGACUCCAUCAAAGACUGCAGGAGGUGUCACUCAUUUGAUGAAAGCACGGGGGAAUUGUUCACAUCCUACCAUGGACAAGUCUCGCUUGCAUGAACCAAGUCCUGAUGGUUUGAAAGACAAUUUGUUAGCAUGCCCCGGUGGCCAUUUGACUUCGUUAUCCACAAAGGCUGUAUCUUGUGGUCCUACUGAUAGCAUUUCAGCUGUAAAUACUGUGGAUUUUGUAGAAAAGAAAGAAAACAUUGACAAAAUUGACAGAGUUAUGAGAUCGAGAUCUGUGCAUGAUGCUGUUGAAAAUUCUUUUGAAUCACAUCCAAUGGAUGAGAGUGAUGACUCUGAUAUGGUGGAGCAUGAUGUAAAAGUUUGUGAUAUCUGUGGCGAUGCUGGUAGGGAGGAUUUGCUUGCAAUAUGCUGUAGAUGUAGUGAUGGAGCUGAGCACACCUAUUGCAUGAAAGAAAUGGUGGAUAAAGUUCCUGAAGGUGAUUGGCUCUGUGAAGAAUGCAGGUUGGAGGCGGAAAUGAAGAAUCCGAGGCAAGAAAAAGUUUGUAGUGUUGAUGCAAGUGAAAAAAUUAAUUCUUCUGGACAGGCAAAUCCUGAAAAUGCAAGCUUCGCUAUGAAGUCUGAAACAAAAGGUUCAGAUGUCGUGGGAAACAAAAUUGCUAAUGAUCCGCCAAGUGUGAAAAUUUUGGGCAAAAGACAAUCUGAUGAUGCUGAAGUUUUCUGCGCAGUAAAGAAGCGUGUCCUUGAAUCAGAUAUUGGUUCAGCAAAGGUAUCAACUUCUAGUGGAGCAGCAGCAAUUUCUUGUGAUAGUUCGUUUAAGCUUUUGGAUAGGGGGAAAGCAAAGCCCACCCAGCAUUCUUCUAGUGUUACUGUCUCAGCUCAUGAUACAGCAACCUCUCCAUCGGGUUCAAGAUUGCACACUUCUCAGGGUCUUUUUAUAAAGUCCAACUCAUUCAAUUCUUUGACGAUGAAGCCAAAAAUUAAACUUGUGGAUGAUUUUGUUCCUCAGAAGCAGCGAUCAGUUAAAAGUUCUGUCUCUCUUGAAAAAAAGGAAGGAGCUGCCAGAUCAAUAAGCAAAUCUUCGUCAUUUAGAUUAACAAACUCAGGCCGUCCCAACAUUGGGGAAUCAAAAGUAAAAAUGAUAUCUCCGAAAUUUUCUCGUAUUCAGGAAACUAAAGGGUCAAAACAUACCAAAGACAGGAACUUAUUUGAAAAGAAGAAUUCCUUCACAUCUCAAAAAGUGUCAGGCAGUCUGCCUAUGGCUAAUCCUGGUGCUCUUGCAGUAAAAAAUGAUCAAAAGCUUGUAUCUUCUGCUGAACCUACUUCACUUUCUUCUGCAAGAAACUUCCAUGACACAAAGGCUAUACAAUCUGAGAGUAGGUCAAUGAUACUGUCAAAAUCCUCAAGUUUUGCUGUUCGUACAGGUUCAGAACCGCCUGUUUCUCUAGGUGAACUGAAAAGGCAGGCAUCAACUAAUUCAUUUGGAGUUUCAUCUUUAAAUGGAAAUAGCGGUCAUGAUAUGAAGCCUAAUCAAGGUAGCCCAGAGGAGUACUCAUCUAAUUCUCUUUCUGGGGAGAGACAACCUUGUAAUCUCAAUGAAGGUCUACCAGAUAGUUUAUGUCGGGCCUCUCGGCCAAGGGAAUCGAUAAAUUUUGGUGAGAGAACUAAAGAUGGUAGCUGGACUCAGUCAAGGCAGAAUAGUAUGAUUUCUGGAAGAACCCUGUCUUGCCGAAAGUGUAAAGAAAUUGGUCAUUUAUCACAGUCUUGCACUGCUGAUCAUCCUGGAUCGCCUGCUUCUGAUACAACUGCAGCAAAAAAUCCAAGAGAGAUGGUAGAAUGUAAGGAUAAGCUUAAGGCUGCAAUUGAAGCUGCUGUACUCAGAAAGCCUGGGAUAUACAGAAAGCACAGGGUUUCUGACCAUUCCGAUGAUUCAUCUCUCCUAAAGAUGAAUUCCGAAAUAGCUACUCAGGAUCAGGUAUUGGAUUCAAGUAAUCAGGGAAAUUUGUGCAGUUCAGGAGAGAUGCAAGAGGGGUAUAUCAUAUUGGGGAACUCGACAACCGACUCGUCUAAACAGGAAACUGUUGACGAUAUUGUGCAGCAGUUUCCCAAUCUUUCAGUUGAAGCUUCUACUUCCAGAACUGCAGGUGUGUUUCCUAUUGUCCCACUGGAGAGAUCGUCUUUGGUAAGAGAUGUUCCAAAUGGGGUCUCACCGGCAACAUCUACUCUGUUGAAAACAUUGGCCAUUCCAGAUCAUGAGUACAUAUGGCAAGGAGUAUUUGAGGUUAACAGAAUUGGAGAACCACUGAAUGUUUUUGAUGGAAUACAAGCUCAUUUGUCAACUUGUGCAUCACCCAGAGUUCUUGAAGCUGUGAACAAAUUUGCCAAUAAAGUCCUCCUAAAUGAAGUACCUCGGUUGACUAUGUGGCCAGUACAGUUUCAGGACAAUGGUGUCAAAGAAGAUAAUGUAGCACUUUUCUUUUUUGCUAAAGAUCUUGCGAGCUAUGAGAAGAGCUACAAAGUAUUGUUGGACAAUAUGAUGAAAAAUGAUCUUGCGCUUAAAGGAAGUUUUGAUGGUUUUGAACUCAUGAUAUUCCCGUCAAAUCAGCUUCCCGAGAAAUCCCAGCGUUGGAAUGCACUGUUCUUUCUGUGGGGGGUGUUCAGAGGUAAGAGGACUGAUUGCUCUCAUAAGCCAACUUUUGUUUCUCAAGGUAGCAGCAAGUCAUUAGCAUCUGAGGAGGCAGUUAUGGAACUGCCUUGUUUAUCAUCAUCUCAAGCAUUGAAACAAGGUUCUGAUGGCAAAGUGUCUUCGGAAGUCACAAACAAUGAUCCUGUACUUAGUGCGGAGCGGAAGGAUAAUAAAUUGGAUUCCAAUUUCUUUUCUGUUGUACAAAGUAGCAAUGCAAAAUCAUGUGGAGAAGCAGCACAAACCAGCACAUUGUCCGACGAAAUGAAACAUACCAGUACCUCCCUGGAAGAGGGUGUUGAGUCUGACCAGAUGAUAGAGCAAGAACUCCAAACGUCCGCUGAAUCUACUCAAAGAGUUAGUGGUUUCUGUAGAAGUCAGGAGACUCCUUUGGACCAGAAUUCUCAUCUUAAUCAACUGCAUGCUUCGCAUUAUUUUGGUGAAUCUCUCGCUUGUGCAGGUGGGAUAGGUUCAGUGGGAAAUAUAGGCACCGGGGACAUAUCGGAGAAUAUGGGCAGUACUCGACAUCAACCUCGCCCGGAAGAUGGUUCGCUCAACAAGGUUUCCUCCUCUGGUAUUCAAAAUGAAAUUGUGAAGGACAACUAUGGGAAUUGUCUACUUGUGGAUUGUGGGCAGAGGAUGCCACAGGCUGCUUAUGCGAGCAGAAGUCAGGUGCAAUCAGGGGUUGCUGUUGACAAUAUUUCCAUUGAAGAAGUAAGAACAAGCAAAAAACAGAAGACUCAUGUAGAGAGUAGUUCUUCGAGUGAAGGCUUAGUUGCAGAGAUUCGUGGUGGGCAUUCUGGCUUGCCUGUUCAAGCUACUGGGAGUGACGAAGCUUUUGAUGGAUGUGAUCUACAGAAAAUCAAAGGGAACGCUGAGAGAUACUUCUUCCCUGUUGAUCCUGAACCAGGGAAGGAUGUUGGGUUGGUUGGGAAGUUGAUGCAAUGGAAGAUGAGUCGUUCAGAGGAGGAUCGGCUUCAAGACAGAGCUCCAAAUCUUGAACUUGCUUUGGGGGCUGAGAGUAAGCCUAUGACACAGGGUACUCCAAUGUUCUUGGUUGGGAAAGGAGGCAAAAAGAUCAAUCAGGACCAUUGUUCGAGUGUGGCAGCUGCCAAAGGAGAUGAGGAGGAUAUAUCGGCCUCACUCUCCCUUUCUCUGUCAUUUCCGUUCCCAGACAAGGAACAAAACAUGAAGUCCUUGUCAAAUAGCGAACAGCUCAUGCCUGAAAGGCGACGCGUUAAUACUUCGCUGCUGCUCUAUGGGGGCUUAAGGGAGAAAUAGAGAGUAGAUGCUCCGCGUGCCAUGCCCGUUAAUCUGCUGCAGGGAGAUGUCGGUGGGUGUAUCGAGCCAUGGGUUCUGCUGUAGAAUCGCAUCGCAUCUGUUGAUAAGACGUGCAAUAUGGAGCUAUAGUUUUGUUAGUACUUUCCUUUUCCUUCUAUAAUAUUAUAGUUAGAUGUUGCAAGAGUAUAACCCAGCCGGAGCCCAGCUCUUUGUAUAUAAGGACGACGAAAAACAGGAGCGGUAGGAUUUCCAACAAACAUGUGGUGUUGAAUGCGCCGCGCCCUCCAGAACAAAAUAAAUAAAAUGAUAAUACCAAAUUAUACAGAGGGAAUGAAGAAAGAGAUACUUGGAACAGUA